AUGAGCGUCGACUGCGUGAGGAAGCUCUCCGAGUUCGCGGAGGGCGUGAUGCGCGAGAACGAGGUCGUCGACGUGAGUGUCGAGAGCGACGUGAACGAGAGCGACGUCGAGCUGUUCUGCGACGGGAAGCUGAUGAUUGCGGAGCUCGUGAUGUUCGCAGAGGAGGUCGCGUUCGCGGCACUCGAGGAUGCGGAAGUAGUCACACUGGAGAUCGUCGUCGUCGCGUUCCCGAUGUCCGUCGUCGUCGACGCGCUGGAGGUUAUGGUGGCGUUGGCCGAGCCCGUGCUCGACGCGCUCGCGGUGCUCGAGGAGCAGCCCUCACCGAUACCGAAGACACAAAGACCCGACGAAGUCGCGCUGGAAGAUGACGCGCUCGCCGAGUCCGUAGACGACGACGUUGCACUCAACGAAUCCGUCGUGGUCGUAGAGACGUUCGCAGAGCCAGUCGAGGAGGCCGAUACAGUGGAGGAGGCCGAGUCCGUGGAGGACGAGCAGCCAUCACCGAUGCCGAGGAUGCAGACGCCGGAAGAGGUCGAGCUCGCACUGGCGGAGUCCGUCGUCGUCGCGCUGGCAGAGCCAGUCGAUGCGGUGCCGCUGCUCGAGUCUGUGGCCGUCGCAGAGGCCGUCGACGAGUCCGUAGCGGUUGCGGACGCGGUAGACGACGCGCUGUCACUGCUCGAUGAGCAGCCAUCACCAAGACCGAGGAGGCAGACGCCAGAAGACGUCGCACUCGCAGAGCUGGAAGAGUCACUCGCGGUAGCCGAGUCACUUGCACUAGAGGAGUCUGUCGCAGUGGUUGAAUCCGUCGCGCUGGCCGAAGAAGCAGACGCAGUCGAGGAUGCGCUGUCGCUGCUGGUCGAGCAACCGUCACCAAUGCCGAGGAGACAGACCCCGCCGCUGGACGUCGCGCUAGCAGAGCUAGACGAGUCGGUCGCGCUUGAAGUAUCAGUUGCACUGGACGAGUCACUUGCGCUAGCCGAGGAAGCCGACGCGGUCGACGACGCGCUGUCACUGGUCGAGCAGUCGCCGAUACCGAGGAGACAGAUCCCGCCGCCGCUCGAGGUACUACUGGGGUCAGCCGAGCUGCUCGCAGACGAGGACGACGCGUCCGUGGUGCUGGCACUGGCUGAGCCCGUAGACGACGCGACACUCGCGGUCGAGCUGGGUGAGGCACUCGCAGUACUCGAGUCCGUCGCGCUUGCCGUGGUCGAGGCAGCAGCGGUGGAUGAGGCGCUGUCGGAGCUGCUCGAGCAACCAAUUUCGAUACCGAGGAGGUCCACACAGCCGCCAGACGAGGAUGAAGCAGAAGAUGAAGCGCUCGAACUUGACGCAGAUGAUGAGCCUACCGACGUCGACGUCGCGGGCACCAAGGCGGUUGUCCCAGAUGAGCUGGAACAACCAUCCGUUAUUCCUAGGGACGGCAAACAAAGUCCGCCAUUUCCUCCACCGGAUGAUGCUGGCGAAAGGAGUGUAUGGUCAGUGAUAUAA